CAUUAUGGAAGAGUAACUAACCUCCCUCCCCCUUCCUUGGUAUUAAUUUCUCCUUUUUCUGUUUUAGAGCCCUUCUGAUCAUAGCCUUAUAUAUUUAACCUUUUUCUCUCUAUCUUUCCUUUCUCUCUUUCUUGUAUCUUUCCUUUCAUUCUAACCCUCCUAAUCCACAGAGCUUACAAAGAAUGAGAUAAUGCAGAAAAUAUGUAUGAUCGGUUCAAGACUCUCAAAUCUCUGCACUUUAAAACCAACAUGCUUUAUUCUUUUUUCCUGAUCCUGUGUGAGAACAACCUUGUGGUCCAGGAAUGAGUGGCAAAUGACAAGUUUGAUAAGUUAACUCCUAAUUUUGUAGAUCAUCGUCAGAUCUUUCAAUAUUAUAAGGAUAUAUACUUUAGUUAUUUGGUUUUCCUCUUUUGUUCACUUUUCAUAUUCCUUUCUUGAGCAAUAUCUUUUAAGAAUCUCAUCUCUUUUUUCUUUCUCCAAACUUUUCAACUAUCACUAUCUCUUUCCUUUUUUUGUUCCUAGUAGGAGCCAUGGAUUCUGGGAAUAGUGGCAGUGUACAAUCUUCAAGUGGCGGUGAUGAAGAGUAUGAUUCACAUGGGGGCUCAAUCUCAACUUUCUUGAAUUCUUCAGCCCAUUUUGGUUCAAUCUCUUCAAAUCCACUCCCACAAUUUCUUUCUCACCAACCCACUCUCUUUGAUCCUCAUGACUCACAAAAUUUCAACUCCAAUUUCCAAGAUUCAGCAAAUUCUCUUUACAACAAUGAUCUUAUCUGGCCUAAAUCUUUGGGAUCCGAUAACAAUUUUAACAACUUUGGAAACUUAAAUUCCUCAUCAUCAAGUGCUACUAAUCAUGCUAUUCUGGGUACUAAUACUCAAGGUCCAUCCUAUGAUUCACUACCAAUAAAAUCAACCAUUGAUCAUCAGCCUAAUGUGGGGAAAAAUCCUAAGAAACGAAGCAGGGCAUCGAGGCGGGCGCCAACAACUGUUCUAACAACUGACACUACAAAUUUUCGACAAAUGGUUCAAGAAUUCACAGGGAUCCCAACAACUCCGUUUACUGGUUCAGCCUACAUUCGCCGCCUUGAUCUUUUCUCAACUGCUACCUCAGCCAUAAGAUCAGGCCAUUUGGAUAAUUUGGGACAUCUUUUUACUUUAUGGCCGUCCACACAAAAGGUUCAAGAUUCUCCAAUAUUUAUGCCACCAUCUGGUGCAAUAAAUAAUAGCAUGGUUUCUAUAACAAAUGCUUCCACUUCUGAUAGUGGAAUUUCAAAACAAGCACAGAAUAAGUUGUUCGACAUGCAGAAUGAUGAGAUUCAGUCAUUUUCUACAUCAGAAUUCCAUUCUGAGAAGGGUUUUGAAAAUUAUGUGUGCACAGCAGGUGAAGGAACAGUAGGUUCAUGGACUUGCCCUUCUGGCUCACUUGUUAGGCGACUUGGCUCACCCUAAUAAUAUUUUUUUUUUUAAACUUAGCUUAGUAUUGGCAUGUUGACAAUGUAUGUGGCAAAAUACAUUGAUGAAUUUGUUCAUCUAGGUCAUGAGUGUAAUUUCAUUAAUUAGUAAGUAUGAUUUUAUUUUGUUUAA